UUAAUCGACCCAGCGCCACCCGAAAGCCAUGAGUUUUCCAGAACGUCUGGACCGCAUUGGUGGCAUGGGACGCUUUCAAGUCAUGCAUGUGGCAUUCCUGGCCAUCCCACUCUUAAUGCUGGCCAGCCAUAACCUCCUGCAGAGCUUCACUGCUGGGAUCCCAGAGCAUCACUGUCAAGUGAGCAUCAUGGCCAACUACACCCAUCAGGCCAAUCUCACAGCCAGCCUACCUGCUGAAGAUCUGCUCUGGGUCUCCAUUCCCAUGGACAGGAGCCAGAAGCCGGAGAAGUGCCAGCGGUUUGUCACCACCCAGUGGCAGCUCCUAAACCCAAAUGCCACAAGCACCAACACCAUAGAGCUGGAUAUUGAGCUGUGUGUAGAUGGGCGGACCUAUGAUAAGAGCCUGUUCACUGACACCAUUAUAACUGAGGUGAGAGAAACCUGACUCCGUAUAGUCCAGGCAAUGCUGUCAUAGGGAGGCAGUGUGGAUCAGUGCCUAGGGUACUGGGCUGAGAGAGGAGGAGACCCAGGUUUUAUUCCCAGCUCUGCUACUGAUCUGCUGUGGGCAAAUCACUUCCUCUCUGUUUCCUCUCCCGUCCUUUGUCUAUUUAGAAUGUAAGCUCUUUGGGACUGUCUCUAACUAUGUGUGUAUGGCACACUGGGGCCCUGAUCUCGGUCGGGGUCUGUGCAACGCCUGACAUGAUGGGGCCAUGAUCUCAGUCAGGGUCUGUGCAGCGCCUGGCACACUGGGGCCCUGAUCUCAGUUGGAGUCUGGGCUGCACCUGGCACAAUGGGGCUCCAGAUCUCCUUUAAGAUCUAUAUGUGCUAUGCUAAUACAACACAGUAGCUUGUAGACUGUUACGUUGCACUAGGCUCCAUAUACACACACAGUGAGAGACAGUCCCUCCACCAAAUCUCUUACUGUUGUGAUCUGGCAGACUGUUUUUCCCCCUUGGCACAGGUAUAACUGACCACACAAAGUAGUAGGGUUGCCACCUCUUGUGACGUUGCACUCUAUAUGAUUUUGUGAAAAUAUGCUAAUGUAACUGGAAUAUGCUUCAUGCAA